AUGGGCAUUCACGUGCUCGGCGUCUUUGACGCCCUGGAGAACCUCCUCUCGCCGGAGCGCAUGGCCCGCGUCGGUCUGAAGCAGCUCAUUCCCGACCUGUCCUCGAUUAAGAGCCUCAAGGACCUGCAAGGACUGACCGGCCUCUUCGACCUGGACAACCUCGAGAACCAGCCGGCGAUUGUGGCGAUGAAGAGCAUGCUCUCGGAGACGGACCGAAAGAAGCUUUUCCCGCUAAAGGAGAAGCUGGUGCAGGCUUUUGAGGAGACGGGCAUCCUCCACUUGAUGGCCACCAAGCCGGACACUAUCGCCUCAGUCCUGAUCGACUCUCCAGUAGGCAUGGCGGCGCACAUUCUCGAGAAGUUCAGCACCUUCGUCGACACUGAGAACCGCAACGCUGAGGACGGUCGUCUGACGGCCAAGUUCACCCUCGACGAGAUGCUAACCAAUGUGAUGAUUUACUGGACCUCGGGCAACGUCGCCGCUACCUGCCGCAUCUACAAGUCCCUCAUCCAGGAGAACUCCGGUGUCACCAAUGAGAUCAUCAAGGUGCCCGCCGGUGUGACCGACACUCCCCACGAGGUGAUCCAGUCGCCCCGCCCACUGGUAGAGCCCAACUACGCCCAACUGCUGCAGUACACUGACCUGCCUCGAGGUGGUCACUUCCAGGUGUUUGAGGAGCCCAAACUGGUGGCCGACGAUCUCCGCCAGCUGGUGGACAAGAUCCGCGCCCAGAAGCCCAACGGGCCGAUUGGAAAGCUGAUCGAUGGCGCCAAGGACCGACUUGGACUUUGA